AUGGCAUUUGGGAUUACGCCGGGCACCAAGCGGCUCAUAUCGACCACUCCAGCAAGCCUCUUUGUGAACAAGUUCUUCAAAAAUGUGGUUGACGCCGCCCCAAAGGAACACAUCGUCAGGGAACUGGUGAGACCAAUUGGUAUGCAGACUCCACCGACAUCACAGACUGUGUACUCUAAGGGAAACUCUUUCAGAGAAAUGUUUGAUCGUGACAAGACCGAGAAGAGAAGUCAGGAGCUUGGCGUAGAGUUCAGCAAGUCUGGGAUGUACGAGCUUCAUGCGUUCCAAAAACAUGGAGGCAAGAUGUUUAUAUCGCCAAAAUCGUACUGGAGGGCUGAUAGAGCAUUGUACUUCCCCCACCUGAAAGGUACCUCGUUGUCCGGGCUCACAAAAGACCUGGAGGAGACUCUGAAGGGGAAGACGAGUGUCGUCAGGCUUUUCACCAACAAGGUCGGCGACGACUUGUCGAAACAGUACUUUCAAAACAGGGAGCUGGACCUCGACUAUCUUGGGAAAGACCUCGAGAAGCUCGCAACUUCCAAUACCCAAAUUGUGGAGGUCAGUUUCCUGGAGAACGCAGUCAAGUCGAUCAUAGCCAAAUUAUCUGCCUACAAAUUGCGCUCCCUGAUACCGCCAUUGAGACACGCCAACUACUUCCAGUGUGACAGAGACCAGCUGCCAUUUACUGUGAGAGAGUCCCUAGAGAUCAAUAACAUCUAUACCGGCUACGUGAUUGUCGUCGAUCCCGAUUUGAAGAUCAGAUGGAUGGCGUGCGGCGCUGCCUCCGAGGAUGAGUUCAAACUGCUAUGGAAGUGUGUGAGAGGUGUCCGCAAGGAAUUUGCACCGCCAUCCCAGGCCUCUGAAGCCUUAUAG